AUGCAUUGCGUCAAAGAAAGAUGGCAGGUCAUAUUUCGCCCAGACGACCCCAACGUAUCUGAACAUCUGCCUCCACCACCUGACGGCGGGCUGCAAGCUUGGAUUCAGGUCUUAUGCGGCCAUCUCGUGUUCUUCAAUUCGUGGGGAGUCAGCAAUAGCUUUUCAGUCUUUCAGCAACUAUACACUCAAACGCUGCCGCAAUCAGCCUCCACGAUCUCGUGGAUCGGAAGCGUCCAAGUCUCUCUUCUUUUCUUCAUGGGUGCUUUUGCCGGCCGUGCAACGGAUGCGGGUUAUUUCCGCCUGGUCUACUCGCUCGGGGUCCUCCUCCAGCUGGUGGGAAUAUUUACGCUCUCUCUCUGCAAGACCUACUGGCAGAUCUUUCUCGCUCAAGCCGUAUGCAUGGGACUGGGAAACGGGCUCACAUUCAGCCCGGGACUCUCGAUUACGUCUUCUUAUUUUAUGAACAAACGCGCCUUUGCAGUAGGCCUGGCUGCUGCUGGCGCAGCAACAGGAGGAUUGAUUUAUCCCGUACUUAUCAACCAACUCCUGUAUAACCACGACAUUGGCUUUGGAUGGACAAUCCGCGCAGCAGGACUACUGAUGCUGGUCACCCAGACUCUAGCAAUGGUCCUCUUCAAGCCUCGUCUUCCGCCGCGGACAACCGGCCCUCUCAUAGAAUGGGGGGCCUUUUCCGAGCCUCCCUUCCUGUUCUUCACAAUCAGCAAGUUCCUCAAUAUCUGGGGUCUCUAUUUCGCGUUCUUCUACAUUGGCACCUUCGCCCGCGAUCGACUCCACCUCACAGAUACCCAGAACCUAGUCCUCGUGUUACACGGCGUCGGCAUCGUCGGACGGAUCGUGCCCAGUAUAAUCGGAGACCGCUGGACGGGCAAGCUGAACAUCCUGAUCCCCUUCAGCUUCGCCUCAGCGAUCCUAAUCUUCUGCUGGAUCGCCGUAAACACAGUCGCCGGGUUGUACGCCUUCACCGUCGUGUAUGGGUUGGUCGGUGGGGCAGCUCAAUCCCUCUUCCCGGCCACGGCGACGACCAUGACCCCGGAUAUCAAGCGGACGGGCACGCGUCUCGGCAUGAUCCUGAGUAUUGUGGGCUUUGCCACCUUGACUGGGCCUGCGAUUGAGGGCGCUUUGAUUACCCGUGCCGGGGGCAGCUAUGUGGGGGCGCAGGUUUUCGCCGGCGUCUGUAUUGUAUUAGGCGCGUUUGCGGCUGUUGCUGCGCGGGUGGCGAAAGUUGGCUGGAAGUGGGAUGUAAAGGCGUGA